AGGUGAUCUACCUACAGAGGCCGGAACCGGCAGCGUCUGAGCCAGUGAGGAUCUAUGCUCACGGGCUGGGCGUCAUAACCUCCAGCUGUGGCACCUGUGCGGAUGGGAACCUGCCGAAUACUACGCUGAAGUAUCGGACUGCAGGAGAGACUUGUUUGAUCAGCUGGCAGGGCGGCCAGAGUCGAUGUGACAGAUCGUCCCAAAGCUGGACCUAUUGGCAAGAUGUUUGGACGUGGCUGGGUGCCCUGAACCCUCGCUUCUACCCCAUCGAAGCGCAACCCGCCAUCCGCCGUGUGGCACGUCGUUUCGCUACCGGUCCCUGGGGCGCUGGCGUUUGGUGGGGAAACACUCUCCAAUACUUCGUGGUGGUUUGGAUUGGAACCAUGCUCCUUUGGCAGGAGGGAUGCCCUCAACUGGACUACUACGCCUAUGGCGCGCCAGAUCAGCCCUGGCCGCCCCUGGGCGGCUUUUGCGAGCAGUAUCAGGCUCAAGGCUAUGAGGAGGUGGUCAAGAACUUGCCGCUCAUCGAGGCUGCUUUGCAAGGUCAACAGCGCACGGUGAAGGACCUCUACUCGGCCUUGGCGUGUUGCAGUCGAUGCGAGGCUCCCUGCGAAGAGGUGGGCGUCGGACCUGCUCCUUCGCAGAUCUACUGUACGUCCAACUGUACUAAGGACUUCCUCGACUGCUUCCUGGGUGCCUUGCGGAACCCCAGCAGUUGUCGACCAGACGUCCCUGACACUUUGCUUGAAGUGUAGCACCAAAAACUGAAAGGUGCGGCCAAACUUUGCAUGCGCUUUGCAGGGUGGCUACUUAUUGAAAAUCCUGCACCACUGCACCACCUGAGAAACGUACCUAGUUAGUUUUGAUUACAUGUAUUCACAGUGCUUGGGUGUUUCUUGUUGCUGAAGGCCUGGUUUGCUUCGACAAUUCAACAGGGUUCUCGGGUUCUGAUACCGUAUGCACGGUUUGUUUUUUCAGAUGGAGAUUCUAAGUUCGACAUCCCUUUGGACAGACAAACAAUAAUGUUGUACCAAAAAAUUGGGGAUGGCCAGAGGAAGGAACCUAGGCAACUUACUCGCUUACAAGAGCGCAC